AUGAGAAAGGUGUUGAAUCUUCGGAGUUUGGGUCAAUCCCUCAUUAAAUACCAGGUUGGGAAUGGUCAGAAUACUCACUUAUGGUUGGAUAAUUGGCAUCCUCAGGGUCCCCUUUUUAAAGGAUUUGGUGAGAGUGUUGUGUACAAUCUUGGCAAGUCUUUGCUUUCAAAGGUGUCCUCUAUUAUUUACAAUGGGGCUUGGAGAUGGCCUAGGCAAAGAAAUAGGGUUACUCAGUUUAUAGUAGUUCACACCCCUGCAGAUUUUCAGCCAAACUGUUUACAUGAAGAUUCAGUCGUGUGGCUCCCUCAUCCUAGUGGCUUUUCAGUAUUUUCUGCAUAG